AUGAGUUGCUACCUAACUUGCUAUGAUCCCCCUCCGCGUCGAACCCACGACUCGGGGCCAAAAAUCGCAGCUCUUCAUGUCGAUUUGCAACCAGUAACAUUCUCAAUUCCACUCAACAAAUCUGUGAAAUAUUCGAUCCAAAAUAAUCAUGAUUGCCUGGAACAGGAAGUCUAUGUGACCUGUAACUCGUUGUUAUGCGAAAUUCGGGAUCCAAAAGUGAGGAAUGGAGUGAGCACUCAGAUUUAUGGUCUGAUGAAGAAAGGGGAGACGAUGGUCUUUGAAUUGGGAUUAAGAGAUCAAAAUGACACCUCCUCCAUCCCUCUUUCCCCAUUGAUCUUUUCUCCAGCCGGUUACCUGGAGAUCUGUCAUUACGACGCACAGAAAAAAUCAGAUUCUGACUGGAAAAACAAGCCAAAUGAAGUGGCGAAGUACGAUAUGAUGAUCGGUUCUACUUAUGGCCGAUGGAAGGAGAAUUUAGUUUUGGAGGCGGAGUCUGAAUGGGUGAAAAAGAAGAAUGAGGAGUUUAUUGAGAAGUUUCAGAAGUCUUUGGAUGAUUGGGAGUUGGAAACGGAGAAAAUAGAAAAAGGGCAGAAGAAGAUGAUGACGGAUUUGAUGGCUGCAAAUGUUCCGGUGGAGAAGGUGGUGGUGGAGGAGAAAAAGAUAGAAAAAAAGAAGAAAAGAGUUCUUGGGUGCUGUUGA